AUGGCACCUCUACCUAUCAAGUUCACAGAGUUGGUCAAUUUGACCUCUGUCGGCAUUGCGCCGGCAUCAAUUGGCUUCACUUCAUGUACACUAGAAUCUGAUCAUUACGUCUGUGUUCGUCAAAAGCUAGACGAGGAGAGCAAACCAGAAGUCAUCAUUAUCGACCUCAAGAACAACAAUGAAGUUCUACGACGCCCGAUCAACGCCGACAGUGCAAUCAUGCAUUGGAACAAGAACAUCAUCGCUUUGAAGGCUCAGGGCCGUACCAUUCAGAUCUUCGACCUUGGCGCGCGGCAAAAGCUGAAGUCGGCGAAUAUGAAUGAAGAUAUUGUCUACUGGAAGUGGUUCAGCGAAAAGUCCUCGGCCUGGUCACCGACUCAGCGGUCUACCACUGGGAUGUUUACGACGCCACACAGCAGAACCCCGUCAAGGUGUUCGACCGACUUCCCAACCUUUCAGUAUGGGUGCCAAAUUAUCAAUUACCGCGUCAACGCCGAGGAGAAGUGGAUGGUCGUUGUCGGUAUUAGCCAGCAGCAGGGCCGGGUCGUUGGAUCGAUGCAGCUUUACUCGAAGGAGCGCGGGAUCUCUCAGUUUAUCGAAGGUCACGCCGCCUCUUUCGCCAGCAUUACCGUCGAGGGCUCCCCGCUACCCCACAGCCUCUUCACUUUCGCCGUUCGUACCCAAACGGGCGCCAAGCUGCAAAUCGCCGAAAUCGACCACCAAGAACCCAACCCUCGCUUCCAGAAGAAGGCCGUCGAGGUGUACUUCCCACAGGAGGCGGUCAAUGAUUUCCCCGUCGCAAUGCAGGUGUCCAGCAAGUACGACGUGGUUUACCUCGUUACGAAAUACGGUUUCAUCCACCUUUAUGAUCUCGAGACUGGCACUUGUAUCUUCAUGAACCGCAUCUCCAGCGAGACGAUCUUUACCACGUCUCCGGAUUCCGAGGGAGCCGGCCUGGUCGGUGUGAACCGCAAGGGCCAGGUGCUGGCCGUCAGUGUUGACGAAACCAAUAUUAUUCAGUACCUCAUGGAGAACCCCGCUAUGUCUGGUCUUGCUGUCAAACUUGCCUCGAAGGCCGGCCUUCCAGGCGCGGACCACCUGUACCAGCAGCAGUUUGACUCUCUCAUGGCCUCGCAGGACUACGCUGAGGCUGCCAAGAUUGCCGCCAACUCUCCUCGGGGUUUCCUUCGCACUUUGGAAACCAUCAACCGUUUCAAGAGCGCUCCUCAAACUGGUCAGAUGUCGGUGAUCUUGCAGUACUUCGGUAUGCUGCUGGACAAGGGUUCGCUCAACAAGUACGAAAGUGUUGAGCUUGUCCGACCCGUCUUGCAGCAGAACCGCAAGCACUUGCUUGAGAAGUGGAUGCAGGAGAAGAAGCUGGAGAGCUCGGAAGAGCUUGGUGACAUUAUCCGGCCAUACGACAUGUCCCUUGCCCUGACCGUUUAUCUCCAAGCUAAUGUGCCUCACAAGGUUGUUGCUGGAUUCGCGGAGACUGGCCAGUUCGACAAGAUUCUUGCAUACUCCAAGCAAGCUGGAUAUCAGCCGGACUACACCCAGCUGCUUCAGCACAUUGUUCGCGUAAACCCCGAGAAGGGCGCUGAGUUUGCUACUCAACUCGCCAAUGAAGAAAGCGGUGCAUUGGUUGACCUUGACCGUGUUGUCGACGUGUUCCUGUCGCAGAACAUGAUCCAGCAGGCCACCUCGUUCCUCCUGGACGCUCUGAAGGACAACAAGCCAGAGCAUGGCAAUCUGCAAACUCGGCUUCUGGAGAUGAACCUCCACAACGCCCCGCAGGUCGCAGACGCCAUCCUCGGUAACGAGAUUUUCACACACUUCGACCGUCCUCGUAUCGCCCAGCUUUGCGAGGGUGCCGGUCUCAUCCAGCGUGCUCUGGAGAACUCCGAUGAUCCAGCUGUCAUCAAGCGCAACAUUGUUCGCACCGACAAGCUGAGCCCCGAGUGGCUGAUGAGCUACUUCGGUCGUUUGUCCGUGGAGCAGACUCUCGACUGCAUGGACACUAUGCUGGAGACGAACAUUCGCCAGAACCUCCAGUCUGUGGUCCAGAUUGCCACCAAGUUCUCCGAUCUUCUUGGCGCUAACCGUCUGAUCGAUCUUUUCGAGAAAUACCGCACUGCCGAGGGUCUUUACUUCUACUUGGGAAGCAUUGUCAACCUCAGCGAGGACUCUGAAGUGCACUUUAAGUACAUUGAAGCUGCUACCGCCAUGAACCAGGUCACCGAGGUUGAGCGUAUUUGCCGUGAGAGCAACUACUACAACCCCGAGAAGGUGAAGAACUUCCUGAAGGAAGCUCGCCUGACAGAGCAGCUUCCCUUGAUCAUCGUUUGCGACCGUUUCAACUUUAUCCACGAUCUGGUCCUCUACCUCUACCAGAACCAACAGUUCAAGUCGAUCGAGGUCUACGUCCAGCGCGUCAACCCUGGUCGUGCCCCUUCUGUUGUUGGCGGCUUGCUGGAUGUUGACUGUGAUGAGAACAUCAUCAAGAAUCUGCUCUCAACUGUUGACCCAUCCGUCAUCCCCAUCGACGAGCUCGUUACUGAGGUCGAGAGCCGAAACCGCCUUAAGCUGCUCCUGCCUUUCCUCGAGGCCACUCUCGCCACUGGCAACCAGCAGCAGGCAGUCUACAACGCUCUCGCGAAGAUCUACAUUGACAGCAACAACGACCCGGAGAAGUUCCUCAAGGAGAACGACCAAUACGACACCCUCACUGUUGGAAAGUACUGUGAGAAGCGUGAUCCCAACCUGGCGUACAUUGCCUACAGCAAGGGUCAGAACGACCUGGAGCUCAUUAGCAUCACCAAUGAGAACUCCAUGUUCCGUGCGCAAGCUCGUUACCUCGUGGAGCGUGCCGAUCCCGAGAUCUGGGCCUUUGUCCUGAGCGAGAACAAUGAAGGCCGGCGUUCCCUUGUGGACCAGGUCAUCGCCACCGCAGUGCCCGAAUCUACUGAACCUGAGAAGGUGUCUGUUGCCGUCAAGUCGUUCCUUGACGCCGACCUGCCCGGCGAACUGAUUGAGCUGCUCGAGAAGAUCAUCCUGGAGCCCUCUCCUUUCAGUGAUAACACCAGCUUGCAGAACCUCUUGAUGUUGACUGCUGCCAAGGCCGACAAGAGCCGCCUGAUGGACUACAUUCACCAGCUCAACGACUUCUCCGCUGAUGAAAUUGCUGAGAUGUGUAUCAGCGUUGGUCUGUACGAGGAGGCCUUUGAAAUCUACAAGAAGGUUAACAACUAUCUGGCUGCCGUCAACGUCCUUGUGGAGAACAUUGUCAGCAUCGACCGAGCUCAAGAAUUCGCUGAGCGUGUCGAGCUGUCCGAGGUUUGGAGCAAGGUCGCCAAGGCCCAACUCGAUGGUCUCCGCGUGACUGACUCUAUUGAGUCCUACAUCCGUGCCGAGGACCCGUCCAACUACCACGAGGUGAUUGAGACUGCAACCCAUGCAGGCAAGGACGAGGAUCUUGUCAAGUUCCUUCGCAUGGCCCGCAAGACUCUGCGUGAGCCGGCGAUUGAUACUGCUCUCGCUUUCUGCUUUGCCCGCCUGGACCAGCUCGCUGAGCUCGAGGACUUCCUUCGCACUACUAAUGUGGCGGAUAUUGAAGCUUCCGGUGACAAGGCUUAUGCUGAAGGCUUCCAUCACGCUGCUAAGAUUUUCUUCACCAGCAUCUCUAACUGGGCCAAGUUGGCGACUACCUUGGUUCACUUGGAGGACUACCAGGCUGCGGUUGAGUGUGCCCGCAAGGCCAACAGCGUCAAGGUCUGGAAGCAGGUCAACGAGGCCUGUGUUGAGAAGAAGGAAUUCCGCCUUGCCCAGAUUUGCGGUCUCAACCUGAUUGUUCACGCCGAAGAGCUGCAGAGCCUUGUUCGCCAGUACGAGCGCAAUGGUUACUUCGAUGAGUUGAUCGCUGUCUUGGAGGCAGGUCUUGGCCUCGAGCGGGCUCACAUGGGUAUGUUCACCGAGCUCGGCAUUGCUCUGUCCAAGUACCACCCAGACCGUGUCAUGGAGCACCUGAAGCUCUUCUGGUCCCGCAUCAACAUCCCCAAGAUGAUCCGGGCCUCGGAGGAAGCCAAUCUCUGGCCGGAGUUGGUGUUCCUGUACUGCCACUACGAUGAGUGGGACAACGCCGCUCUCGCCAUGAUGGAGCGUGCAGCCGAUGCCUGGGAACACCACUCGUUCAAGGACAUUGUCGUCAAGGUUGCCAACUUGGAGAUCUACUACCGGGCGCUGAACUUCUACCUUCAGGAGCAGCCCCUUCUGCUCACUGACCUGCUUCAGGUUCUGACCGCUCGUAUCGACGUUAACCGUGUCGUCCGUAUCUUCCAGAGUUCUGACAAUAUCCCCCUGAUCAAGCCUUUCCUGCUCAAUGUACAGUCUCAGAACAAGCGGGCUGUCAACGACGCCAUCAACGAGAUUCUGAUUGAGGAGGAGGACCACAAGCUGCUCAAGGACUCUGUCGACCAGAACGACAACUUUGAUGCUGUGGCUCUCGCCCAGCGCCUUGAGAAGCACGACCUUAUUUUCUUCCGCCAGAUUGCGGCCAACAUUUACCGCAACAACAAGCGCUGGGAGAAGUCGAUCGCGCUCUCCAAGCAGGACAAGCUCUACAAAGAUGCUAUUGAGACCGCCGCUAUCUCCGCCAAGCCUGAGGUUGUGGAGGAUCUUCUCCGCUACUUCGUCGAUAUCGGUAGCCGCGAGUGCUACGUUGGCAUGCUGUAUGCCUGCUACGACCUCAUCCGCCCGGACGUCAUCAUGGAGAUCUCAUGGCGCAAGGGUCUUAACGACUUCACUAUGCCCUUCAUGAUCAACUUCCUCUGCGAGCAGACCCGAACGAUUGAGAUGCUCAAGAAGGACAACGAGGAGCGCAAGAACCGCGAGAAGACAACCCGCACAGAGGAGGACAACGGUCCCAUCUUGCAGGGCUCGCGGCUCAUGCUGACUCAGGGCCCCUCAGUCCAACGGCGCCGGUCUCACACCCCAGGCAACUGGGUAUCGUGCAUUCUAGAACCGUGCACCGUCUUUGCUUUUGAUUCUCCGUUUCUUUUGCAUUUGUAA